AUGGUUCCCAUGUUUGGCCGAUCAGUGCCUGAACUAUGCAAGAUUACUCAAUAUGCAAUCAAUCAUAUUUACAACAACCAUGGUUUCAGAUUACAAAGCUGGAAUCAACCAUUUCUAUCUCCAGAGAAUCUGGAAUCCUAUGCAAAUGCAAUUCAUGUCAAAGGUUCCCCUCUUCUAACAUGCUUUGGUUUCAUCGAUGGCACAGUUCGGCCAAUUUGUAGACCCAGUGUUAAUCAAAGAAUUGUUUACAAUGGUCAUAAGCGGCUACAUGCCAUCAAAUUUCAGAGUAUAUGUAUUCCGAAUGGUCUGAUAGCAAACCUGUCUGGACCAUGGGGUGAGUUAGCACUUUUUUGACAUUUAUAUUGCCAAUAAUCAGUACAAUGAUGUGUUCUGUUAUAAAUUGUUAAUAUAUAAAUUUUGAACAAAGUCAUUCAAUUCAAUCAUUUAGUUAUAUAUUUUGUUUUGCUUUGCUUUAGAGGGAAGAAUGCAUGAUGCACGUAUACUUGGAGAGUCAGGCUUGAUGCAAGACCUCAGGCAGCAUGCAUUUGCACCAGACGGCACCCCAUUAUGUCUAUAUGGUGACCCAGCCUACCCAUUGACGGUCCACCUACAGCAACCAUUCCGAAAUAAUGCCGCAUUAACAGAAGAUAUGAGGCAAUAUAACAAGGCAAUGAGCAGUGUACGAGUCAGUGUGGAAUGGUUAUUUGGAGAAAUAACCAAGUAUUUUAAGUUUGUAGAUUUUAAGCAACAACUUAAAAUAAUCCCAUUGGGAAAAUUUACAUUGUAUCUGCCAUAUUGCAAAAUAAUUUAG